AUGAUAUAUAUCCCUUCUAGGCCUUUGCUUCAUGUUUUUAAAAGACAGUUUCACAAUUCUAUCCCUCUUUGUCAGAAGCCUUUAACUCGUUCUCUUUGGAAAACCGUCUCUGUAAGCCCUAUUGAUGGUACUUCACAAGUAGCAUUACAAUUAGAUGGUAGAACAGUAAGAACCCCUGGGGGGUUGCCAUUAGAAUUUCCAGAUACACAUACGGUAUUAGCAUCAAUGCUUCAAAGGGAAUGGCAGGCUGUCACUGAAAAAGCUACUAAAGGUAAAGGUCCUGGAAAUUGGAAAAAGCUUCAAAGAGAAAACCUCCCGCUAACUUCCUUAGUAGGAAGAUGUUUAGGUCUUCAAAUGAGUCCUAAGGAUAGGAAUGCAGCUAAAAAAUCUCUUAUACCGUUUAUUGACACUGACACUCUGGUAGUUAUGUCACCUCAAAAUGAGUUGGAUGGUGUCUUGAGAUCUAGACAAGAAGAGCUUUAUCCGAAAUUUGUCAAGUUAACAGAAGACCUAUUCUCAAAAGAUUUCAAUCCUGAAGGCUCGGCACCUUUACGUCUAUCAAUAUUAGAUACAGAGACUCAUGGAAUCAGACCUCAUAAACAGUCACAACCUGUUACAGAUGCUGCUGUCAACUACCUUGACUCCUUAACACCUUGGAAUCUUGCUGUCAUGGAGCAUACAGUAGUUGCAACAAAGUCAUUUCUAUGUGGUAUCUUACUCUUACAAUCUUGGGCUCCGGUAAAGGAUAUUGCUGAAUUAAGUUUACUAGAGGCAAUAUGCCAAGCUGAGCGUUGGGGAAGCAUCCCUGAAUCUCAUGAAAGAGAGAGAUUACAACUAGAACAAUCACUACAUUGUGCCGCAUUAGUUGCAUUUGGUUAA